AUGGAUCUUGCUAACACCGUCACUGGUUGUCCCUCUGCUGGGAAUGGCAUAUGGCCUGCACAACCCUGUCCUCAGCAGCAGCAGCCAUGCUGGCCGUGCCCCCCCAACCCCCCCACCACCUGGCCUGCCCCCACCCAGCCUUCUCAGCCCACCUGGCCCUCCCCCACCCAGCCUUCUCAGCCCACCUGGCCUGCACCCAGCCAGCCUUCUCAGCCCACCUGGCCUGCCCAGCCGGCCCAGCCAACCCAACCAGCCCAGCCUACGUGGCCGACACCACCGCCAACCCAGCCCAGUCAACCGGCUCAGCCGGCCUGGCCCACUCCCACUCCCACUCCCACCCCCACUCCCCCAACAGGCCAGCAGACCCAGCCGGCCCAACCCAGCUGGCCUGUUCCGGUUCCGACCCAGCCACAGGCCCAGCCAGCCCAGCCCAGCUGCACCCCCACCAACCCCUGCCCUCCAGGGUACCACCCCCAGGGGACGCCCACCUCCGGGUGGCCCUUCAACCCAGGACAGCCUGGCUGGCCCGGGCAGCCGGCACCGGUACCAGUGUGGCCUGGACCCACACCCAUUGGUCCUGUGGGAGUCCCAUACAAUCUGAACUUCCCCAGAGGAGUCUAUGACAAGCUGAUGCUCACCAUCACCGGCCAGGUGAAGCCCCUGGCCAAGAUGUUCACGGUGAACUUUCUGCGUGGGAACGAUAUCGCCCUGCACAUCAACCCCCGCUUCAACGAGGGGGGCAAGCAGAUCCUGGUGAGGAACCACCGGCAGGGGGAGCGCUGGGGCAAGGAGGAGCGCACCAUCCAGGGGCCCUUCCCUUUCGCCCCUGGCCAGCCCUUUGAGAUGAAGAUCCUGGUGACGUAUAACGAGUUCAAAGUGGCAGUGAAUGGAGCGCAGGUGUUUGAGUUCAAGCAUUGCAUCCGAGAACUCAACCAGAUCGACCGCCUGAACAUCCUACAGGACAUCAACCUCACCUCCAUCAACCUGCAGAACAUGCCCUGAGCUCUGACCCCUAACCCCUGCCCCCUGACCCCGCCUGCUGCUGUAACUCUCCUUGGCUUUGUGUGUGUGUCUCUGGCUCAAGAUGACAGUUAGCGCUGGAACAGAUGCUAGUCCAGACCAUAUUAGGAAAGCUUGUGUUCCAGAAGAAUCUGACAUCAGGGUUCAGAUGGAUGGUUUCACUUCACAAUUUGCACGCCUUGCACUGACAAGAAAAAUCAUAUAGUUGUGCAUUUCAGCAUCGCACCAAAGAGUAGCAAAACAGCAUCAUUUGAACUGAAGUGUUAUUCCCACACAUACAGCAUGUCACCCCCUCCCAUCAGGGCUUUCUCAUAUCCACCUAUAUAUCCAUUAUUUGUGUGUAUUGAAUUAGUUUUACUUUUGUGUAUUUAGCAAUAUCAGUGAGUGCCUUGCUGGUGUUUACAUUACAGUAAUAAGCUUGUUGUUUGAGAUAAACUAUAAUUUGAAUCACCAUAUUCUUAUUUCUAUGCUGUUAAACGGUGUUUAAGUUUCAAUGUUUGUUUCCUGUAAUUCCACUGCAGUAUUUUACUUGUGAUAUCAAUACAUGUUUGAGUCAUUUAUGUGAUAAGUUUGGGGAAGGGCAUGAUAGAUACAGCAAGCAUAUAAAAAGUUGUUUAUCAGUGUCAACGCAAACUAUAACCAUUGAAAUAAAUUAAAUCAAAGUCAGAGGCUUCACUUCGAGUGGUGAGACUUUAUUUCAUUUACAAUUCCUACAAUUCCUUCCUAAUCAUCCAGAUUACAAACUGCACCGAAUAUAAAUUGCACUAAAACAAGUUCAUUCAAAAGAAGACAUUGUCAUAU